GCUUAACGUGAGCCUUCGUCCCAGUGGAAGCAUCCCGCACCAGUACACCUUGACCACUCCCCAAAAAAAGCCUAAUCAUGUGUGACGAUGAUGAGACUACCGCACUUGUGUGCGACAACGGCUCUGGUUUGGUCAAGGCUGGAUUUGCUGGAGAUGAUGCUCCCCGUGCUGUCUUUCCUUCCAUUGUUGGAAGGCCCCGCCACCAGGGUGUGAUGGUAGGUAUGGGUCAGAAGGACAGCUACGUCGGUGACGAGGCCCAGAGCAAAAGGGGUAUUCUGACUCUGAAAUACCCAAUUGAGCAUGGCAUCAUCACCAACUGGGAUGAUAUGGAGAAGAUCUGGCACCACACUUUUUACAAUGAGCUGCGUGUGGCCCCUGAGGAGCACCCCACCCUGCUCACCGAGGCCCCCCUCAACCCCAAAGCCAACAGGGAGAAGAUGACUCAGAUUAUGUUUGAGACUUUCAACGUUCCCGCCAUGUACGUGGCCAUCCAGGCUGUUCUGUCUUUGUAUGCAUCUGGUCGUACAACUGGUAUUGUGCUGGACUCUGGCGAUGGUGUGACCCACAAUGUCCCCAUCUAUGAGGGUUACGCUCUUCCCCAUGCCAUCAUGCGUCUUGACCUGGCUGGUCGUGACCUGACCGACUACUUGAUGAAGAUCCUGACCGAGCGUGGUUAUUCCUUUGUCACAACAGCUGAGCGUGAGAUUGUGCGUGACAUUAAGGAGAAGCUGUGCUAUGUGGCUCUUGACUUUGAGAACGAGAUGGCCACCGCUGCCUCCUCUUCCUCCCUGGAAAAGAGCUACGAGCUGCCCGAUGGUCAGGUUAUCACCAUCGGUAAUGAGCGUUUCCGUUGUCCGGAGACUCUCUUCCAGCCUUCUUUCAUUGGUAUGGAAUCUGCUGGCAUCCAUGAGACAGCGUACAACAGCAUCAUGAAGUGUGACAUUGAUAUCCGCAAGGACCUGUACGCCAACAAUGUGUUGUCCGGUGGUACCACCAUGUAUCCUGGUAUUGCUGAUCGCAUGCAGAAGGAGAUCACAGCCCUGGCUCCAAGCACCAUGAAGAUCAAGAUCAUUGCUCCACCUGAGAGAAAGUACUCUGUCUGGAUUGGUGGUUCCAUCCUGGCUUCCUUGUCCACUUUCCAGCAGAUGUGGAUCAGCAAACAAGAGUAUGAUGAAGCUGGACCCUCUAUUGUCCACAGGAAGUGCUUCUAAACACAUGUCCACCUCUUUGCAUCCAUGUAUUUGUACAUCUUUAACUCUUGUAUAUACAAGUCUCUGUUCUGUUGUAAUAAAGAUAAGCAUUUGUGACAGUA